AUGAAGAAGCACCAGGCCGUGCAGGGCACCUUCAGCCGCCUCUUCGGCAGGAAGCACGCGCAGGGCGCCGCCGCCGCCACCUCGCUCUUCGCCACCAACCCGCCCUGGAUCUUCACCCAGGAGGUCACGUCCGAGAGCGCGGGGGGCACCGGUGACGUGAUCGAGGUGUACUAUGGCGAGAACCGCUUCGGCACCAUGACCGACUCCGGCACGGCGACGCUCAAACCUCGGCCCCGCGUGCGGCCGCUGCUGACGUUCCUGCCCCUGAACGCGCAGGAAUCCCAUGGGGUGGCUGUGCCGACGCCGUCUGUGCCCGAUGAUUUUGACGAAAAAGCAGCUCUGGGCUCCCAGGUGAACGGAGGCUGCCGGCUCUACGGCUCGGAGGGCCAGGAGGACUCGGCUCCCAAGGCCGAAUUUCUCACUGCAAAUGACCUGGACCUGCCGCCUCCGGACUACCCCUGUGCAGACGAGGACUGGAAGGAGGCCAGCAACCUGAGCAGGCUGAAACACGAGCUCGUGGCCCUCCUGUCCUCUUCCAAGCGGGAGGAGCGGCAGGUGGAUAGACCAGUCAUUCCCCGGCCCGUCAACGGCGUUGCCCAUCGUGCUGGCGGUGACGGGAUCAGCUCCGAUGGGCUCCAGCUCACUAAACCUGUUGGGAAGGACUCGUGGUUGCCCAAGGGCGGGGAACGGGAGACGAGAGCGAAGAUCCCUGUCAGUGCAGCCGCUGCCAGGGAGAGCUCCUCCGGCGCCAUUCCUCCUGCUCCGCAGAGCAACGCCGCCAGCUCGCAGCCCAGCAGCGUGAUGAGGAUCAGGAACGAGCUGGAGGCCAUGCUGUCCCUGAAGAAAGAAGGAAAACCUUCCCUGGGGCUGGGCAGCCCCAAGCAGAGUCCAGAGGAUGGUGGUGCCUCCCUACGUCCAGGUCCGGGACGCACUGAUCCAGCUGGCCCCAUGCUGCCCAAACCUGCUCCAGGUCGGCCCCAACCUGUAGCUGCGGCCGUGGAGGAGGAGAAGGUGCAGGAGGAUCAGCCGGUGCCUGGUGCCGCUGCCGUCAGGGAGGCUUUGGAGGAUGUAGACUCAGUUCCCAAGCAGGCAUCCUCAAGCAGCAGCCUGAGCGCCCCAGAGCAGCCCAAGAAACCCAAGGAUGAGCUCCCGGUCUCGGCCUCUCCUUCGCCCUCCUCUUCAGAGAGGUUUUCACCCGUGCAAAGCCCAGCUCCGCAGCCCGACGCGUUGCUGCUCCAGUACAAACCCCACCGGGCCAGGGCCGACUCCACAGACCAACUGAGUGCCGCGAGCCCGGGCGAGAACGGCGAUGGGAGAGCUGUGGAUCCGCGUCCCGCCGAGAGCGCGCCGGGCUCCUUGGAGCCACCGGGCCCCACGGAAGCGGGCCGGGACGACGUGCUCAUCCACCCCGUCACGGGCGAGAGGGUGGAGAGGGGCUCCCCCAUGGCCCUGCUCCUGGCCGCCAAGCAGCGGGCGCAGAGGGGACGGCCGGGAGCGGGAGGCGCUUCCUCCUCCCGGACCCGGCCUUCCCCUCGGCCGCGCGGCAGGAUUUAG